AUGAUGUUAUUAAUGAUAAUAUUCAUAAUGAUAGUGCGAGUGAUAGAAGGAGCGUUAUAUGACACGUUCACUGGAGAGCGAGUGACGCCGGAGAGAGAGGCUGAUGUGAGGAGAUUGAACCUUAUACCUUGGUGCGCCAUAGAAGUAGCCGACUGUCAGCCCCACGAGCGCCGGCGCAUGGACUAUUCGUGCAACAACCCCCGCUACCCCCCUCGAGGGGCCACCCUCACCCCCUACUACCGUCUACUACCCCCUGUGUUCGGGAGGAACUAUACGGCCCGCCCUGCGAAGGACGGAGCAGAUCUGCCUCAUGUUAGGGACAUCAGGUAAGUAUUACCUUUAGUAUGGAUGUAACUACCCCCUCACCCCCUACUACCGUCUACUACCCCCUGUGUUCGGGAGGAACUAUACAGCCCGCCCUGCGAAGGACGGAGCAGAUUUGCCUCAUGUUAGGGACAUCAGGUACCUGUAGUAUAGAUGUAAC